AUGAGCAGCAGCAGCACCACCACCAUCGUGAGGGGCGGUGGCGGUGCAGGAGGAGGAGAGAGGCGGCGCAAGCUCCACCGCGUCCAGCAGGGCCAGUGCAGCUACACCUUCAUCCUGCCCGAGGUGGAGGGUUGCCAGGCGACACCGGGGGACCAAUAUGGCGGCGUGAACGUGGUCCAGAGGGAUGCCCCGCCGCCGCUGCCGGCCGACACCGACUUGUCCAGCCAGAAGCUGCAGCACUUGGAGACGGCCAUGGUCAACAACACGCAGUGGCUGCAAAAGCUAGAAAACUAUAUUCAGGAGAACAUCAAAACAGAGAUUGUCCAGAUCCACGCAAAUGCUGUCCAUAACCAAACAGCAACGAUGUUGAAGAUCGGAACCAAUUUGCUGACCAAAACUGCAGAGCAGACACUGAAGCUAAAUGUUGUAGAAGCCAAGGUCAUGAAUCAGACGUCUAGAAUUGAAAUUCAGUUAUUGGAAAACUCAUUGUCUACAAACAAACUAGAAAAGGAGCUUUUGAUGCAGACUUCAGAGAUCACAAAGCUUCAGGACAAAAACAGCCGGUUGGAGCACAAGGUGCGUCUGCUGGAGUCGCAGCAGCGGUCGGAGCUGGAGGGCAUGCGGGAGGAGAAGCAGCACCUGCAGGAGGUGGUGCGCCGGCAGAUGGAGGCCAUCGAGGCCCUUGAGCGCCAGCUGCGCGCGGCCAGCUCCAACAACUCGGCCCUGCAGCGCCAGCAGCAGCAGCUCAUGACCUCCGUGCACACGCUCAUCGGCCUGGUGUCCGGGGGAUCAGCUGCCCACCGCCCAGGGCCAAAGCUGAAAGAGCAGAAGUUUCAAGACUGUUCGCAGGCCUUUAAAGCAGGUCACAACACCAGCGGAGUCCAUUACAUUUACAUUGGCAACGCGACAACACCAACCAAGGUGUUCUGUGAUAUGGAGACAAGUGGGGGAGGAUGGACCAUGAUUCAGCGCAGGAUCGACGGUAGCACAGACUUCCAGAGGGGGUGGGAAGAAUAUAAAAUGGGUUUUGGUGACCCGGCUCUGGAACACUGGCUGGGCAACGAGGCCGUGCACCAGAUGACCAGCCAGACGCAGUACUCUCUCCGCGUGGAGCUGAAGGACUGGGAGGGACACUCGCACUACGCUCUUCACGACCGCUUCCAGCUGGCCAGUGAGAAGCAGCAGUACAGACUGCUGCUGAGGGGCUACAGUGGUACAGCAGGGCAGGUCAACAGCCUGGUGUCCCCCGGGACGGCCUUCAGCACCCGAGACAGAGACAACGACAACUGCCUCUGCAAGUGUGCCCUCAUGCUCACGGGCGGGUGGUGGUUCGACGCCUGCGGCUUGUCCAACCUCAACGGAAUCUACUACGCCAUCGGCCACAACAUCCGCAAGCUCAACGGCAUCAAAUGGCACCACUUCCGAGGGCCCAGCUACUCCCUGCGCUCCACUGCCAUGAUGAUCCGGCCGUCCAGCUUCUGAGAGAGAGAGAGAGAGAGGGACUCCACAGAAGAGAGAGAGGCAGGCAGGGCGACCUCAAAGCCCCUCCAACCCCCUCCCUUCUGCCCCCCCGCUCUCCAGAAACAAACAACAAAAAAAAGCAUUUUCACAGGAUUCUCCGACAAGCGUGACGGGCCCCGAAAGCGAAACAUUUGUAAAUCAGCGUCUUAAAUCUCAAACAAUCAAUCAGCCGCUGGAUGCUUGGAGCUGAUUUGCUGUAACUAGAGCUGGAGACAGUGGUCGAGCCGAAGAGACGGACAAAGGCUCUAUCCUCUGGCUGCUGCCCAGGGCCCAGGAACCAGGCAGGCCAAUCCAAUCUACCCAUCGACAGGCCAGAACCACCCCACCACCACCACCUCUCACCCACCUACCCACCCACCACAUCACACCCCAACCCCAACCCCAACCCUACUCACCACAUAUACAUCUCCACCCCCCCACCACCACCGCCAGAGACGAGGCAGGCCAAUCUACCCAUGGACAGGCCAGAAUACCCCCACCACCCCCACUGCAUCCCACCCCAACCUCAAUCCUGACUCCACCACACCCCCCCCCCUGUCCCCCCCGUCCCCCCUCCCCCUCCCCCUUGUCCUCAUCAGUUCUCACACGGUGUGGCCCGCAGUGUCAACAGACCUCCUUGACAGCGCUCCAUCCUUCUGUCAUUGCCUCGGCGCUGUCGGGAGCCGCCGCCGUCGUCAAGACAGCGUCAGAUGAAUGUGAGGGGAGAACACGGCGCAGACACUCAGUGACGGCUGGAGAUGCAUAUCAGAUUGAGCCGGCUGAGAGGAGAGAUGCAGGCACUGCAGGAGAGAGAGGGGGAGGGAGAGAGGGAGAGGGGGAGAGAGAGAGGAGGAGGAGAAGGAGGAAGAAAACUCAGAGGACAGAGCCGAUUUCCUGGAAUCCACUAGAACUGCACUUGCGACGUGGAGAGCAUAAAAAUGUGAUGAACUAUCUUUUUUUUUUUAAAUAAUCUCUGUAACGCUUUUUGUAACAUUGUAUUUUUAUAUGUGUUUUUAUUAUUAAUUGUCAAGAGCAGGCCUAGUUUUCUACUUCAACUUAAACUGGAUUGCAAGGUAUCGGUAAAUGUGUGCUUACAUGAGGGGACAAGUGAAGAGACAUGACAACAGACGAGACCGAGACCGAUCAAGACUCUUCCUGUGACAUUUUGUACUAUUUAGGUUUGACUUCACCGGCAUGAAGUCAGAUGUCCAUAACCGUCAAUUGUUAUGUUUGCUCUUCUGAACAUGAUCUCACCUCCUGAGAAGAUGCACUUUAAAAAGGUGUGAGAUGUGCAGUUCCUCUAGCAGUGCCUGUAAAGAUGGAGCUGAGUGAGUGUGUAGCCAGACUAUAUAUAGAUACAAAAUGGCCCUGUAGUACUCGACUAUCUCUUUUGCAUCACAUCUUCUGUGUGCCUGUGCUCAUUUACUCAUGUCCUCCAUAUGAGAGAAUAAGGGGAAUUGCUGUAUUAAAGAACUGCUUUUUAGGUACUGACCCUUUAAUAAACAUCACCAAUAUACACAGUAUACAGACAGACCUACACCUGUUGUGUACUCGCUUAUUUAAACGUCAUACAGUAUGUACUAUUUACAUGAAAUUCUUAUUACAGCUACCAGUUAAACAGAAUUAAAAGUCACUUUCCUUUAAACCGUUUUUGGCAGACAAUUUUGUAUAUUUAUGAACAUCAAGUUAUGAUUUAUUUAAGAGCCUUGUAGGCACAUCAGUCCAUGACUCAAUAACAAUCCACUUCUCACUCGACAUCCAGCAAAUUCUUCUCUCAAGGCCAAGAAAAACACAAGUCCUGUUGUUGAAAAAAAAACAAAAAACAGCUCAAAUCAGAAAUGU